UAUAAUAACAAAACAAAAGAUAGAAUGUAAGAAUUUAAUGUAAUUGGGUUCUAGUGGCUAGUUGUUCUACAACUCCUUCCGUCGUUGGAAAAUAAAUUAAAUAUUUGCAUUACUGAUGUACAGUGCAUAACUACGUUAUCAGUUUUUUUGAUUGCCAAUUUUGUAUGAUUUUAUAGUACGUUUAUAAAUUGUCACUUUUACUUUCAAACUUCUUAUUUGUGAUUUGUUGUAAAUUAUGAUUUCUGAUUCAGUUCAAGGAGCUGUUAAAUGGCUUACAUAUACAAAUCCAGUCGUUACUAACUCAGUACAAGGGUUUAAUUCAGUGCUAAAUUGGAUGGGAGUGGCAAGUUCAAGUGAAAAACAAAACAUUAUAAAGAUGGAGAGUCGCAAUAUAUUGCAAAUGCUUGGUAAAAAUAUUUAUUUCUAUAAAAUGGCUGGCCUUUUAGGAGCUUCUGCUGUUAUAUUAGGAGCUUAUGGUGCACAUGUUGUGUCUCAUAAAGCUAAUCCAGAAGAAGCUAGAAAUUUUGAAACAGCAAAUCGGUAUCAUUUUUACCAUACUUUUGCAUUAUUAGGUGUACCAUUUUGUCGUUUUCCUAGAGUUACUGGAGCACUGUUUAUUAGUGGAACUUUAAUAUUUUGCGGUACAUGCUACUACAACGGACUGACUGCAGAUAAAACAUUCAAUAAAUAUACACCCACUGGGGGUAUGUUAUUAAUUGCUGCUUGGAUGUCGAUGAUACUUUAGAAAAUAAAUUUAUUAUCAUCAUUAUUAUUAUUAUUUUUGUUUGGAUAUAUAGUUAAUAAAGAAAUAUACAUUUGAUAAAAAUA